AUUUUAUUAUAUAUUUCCAGAUACCAACAAUUUUGUUCAUAAUAUAUUUUUAUUAAUAGUAUUUAUACGGUCUCAUGUAUUUAUUUACCACAACCUCCGGCUUGCCUCGUUUUACUAAACCCCCACAGAUUUGAACCCAACCACAACUCUCCCUUCUUCUCCCAACAAAUCCCCUCUUCCCUUCUCCGCUCUGCUCCAAACUCGAACAAAAAAAAGCUCCAUCCUUUCUUCGUCUACCUCCUCCACUUCUCUAACCCUCUCUCGCCCUUUUACUCACACAAUUCCCACAACCAUCAUCUUCAACCUCCAGCCAGCCAAAACCAGAGAAAGAAGCCUCCUUCCACUUUGAUCGUUAGGUUCCCGACAAAAAUGGCGCAUCCACCUAAUCAGAAGCACUUAUUCGAGCUCUUACAAGACGACCAGGAACCCUUCUUGCUCCAGGACUACAUUGCCGACCGCCGCUGUCAAAUCAUCCGAACCAGAGUCCAAGCCAAGCACCAGUACUGCUAUUCCUCGUCGUCGUCGGCAUCUCUCCAGCAGCCGCCGGGGGCGGUCAAGAAACGGCGACCCAUUUCCCGAAACUUAGCGAGAAGCGCUUGUUUCUUGUCCUUUUCUGCUGAUUCCCCUGUUUCCGGCGACCCGCGGAAAUCGCCACUCUGUUUCCCCAAAUCCCCUGUUAUCGGUAGCCCUGCUGCCGCCGCCGUCCGCCGAUCCAAAACGGCGUCGCUUCUCCUUGAGGCCGCUCUCCGAAUCUCACAGAAGCAGCAGCAGCAGAGGUCGUCGGCCAAGGCGCGGAACGGGGGGAUUUUCGGAUCUCUGCUCCGGCGAAUCACGCAGGGGCGGCGGAAGGGCGGUAAAAUCGACGGCGGGGAGAGCGGCAAGGUGUCGGUGAAGGAUGUUCUGAGGUGGGAUUUCCAGGAUUCUCCCUCAGCCAAGAGCUCAAAAUCAAAGUCCAGCUCGCCGUCGUUGAGAAAUGGCCGGACCGGCCGUGGCGGUUGCGAGACGACGGCGCCGGGGAGUACUGGGCCCAACAGCGCGGUUUGGUCGGAGAGUACCAAUGCCGAUUUGGAUUUGGACGGCUGUUCCUCUGCCGGCAGAAGCAGUUGCUGCCUGUCCGACGAGGAGGAGAUGGAGUUCGUCAACGAGAUCAUGGAAUUCGCUUCCUGCGAUAACAAGCAGUUCUGCGAAAGCCCUUUCCGUUUUGUCCUUCAGACCAGCCCGUCGUCGUCCGGCUGCCGGACUCCCGACUUCUCGUCGCCGGCCGCCUCUCCAAUCCGUCUCAAAGCUGAGGGGAAUGAGAAUGGCAGCGAUGGCGAAAGCUUGAAGAAACUGAAACAGCAAGCCGGUAAUGAAGAAGAAGCAGAAGAAGAGAAGGAACAAUGCAGCCCUGUCUCAGUUCUGGAUCCACUCUUCGCCGACGACGACGAUGAAGAUGAUGAGGACGACUACUGCGAUGACGAUCAAACCCAGGACGACGGUUUCGAUAUGGAGUGCAGUUUUGCGUUUGUACAGAGAGCAAAGCACCAGCUGCUACAGAAGCUCCGAAGAUUCGAGAGGCUUGCAGAGCUCGACCCCAUCGAGCUCGAGAAGCUAAUGCUCGAGCAUGAUGACGAAGACGAAGAAGAAGAGGAGGAAACAGAGGAAACAGAAGAAGGGGAAGAUGAGAAGAGCCAGUUUGUGAUAGACGAGCUUAGCAGGUCGAGCUUCCAAUGCAUCCCUCGAGACAUGAAGAGGUUGGUAUCCGACCUCAUCGACGAGGAGGAGCGAGGAUCAAUUCGUAACAACAAUGUCUCGAGUGCAAGUGAAGAUGCUGCGGCGAGAAGGGUGUGCAAGAGGUUCGAGUCGUGGAAGGACGUGGAGUCCAACACCAUAGAGAUGAUGGUGGAGCAAGAUUUCGUUCGUUCAGAAGGCGAAUGGAGAGGGAAUCGAGAUGAGGUCUCGGAUGCAGCGAUCGAGAUUGAAGUUGCCAUCUUUGGGUUGCUAGCUGAGGAACUAGCAGAGGAGUUACUGCUACUGACACAAGGUGGUGGUCCAUUGAUGGUAUGAACAAGAGGAUGGAGGGAAAGGGAAUUGAAUUUUGGCUCAACUUGUUUCUUUGAUUUGUUAGUAUUAGUUUAUUACAUCUAUUAGAGCAAAUUAGUACAGUCUAACAAUGGGGUAAUGGAGAAGGUAUAGGCUAAUGAGAAACAGAGGAUCCUCAGGCCAUAGAAGGGGUAAAAGGAUCCUAGCUUUAGCAAAUGAUCAGUUAGUAGCUAUCUAUCUGGUUUUCUAUAGGUAAAUGAAUUAUGUAUGAAGAUUUGGGAGAGAGAUGUAUCAUUUGCUCAAUGAGACAUAAAAAUGCACAUCUCCUUGCUCUUCCAAUCUCAAAUUCGUCUAUUUCUCUAUCGUAAUUGUUCAUC